AUUUGGAUGCUUUUGAAAGAGCUGCUUCUGCGAAUGACUCAACGGACAUCCAAUUCGACCAACACUCUUGCAACCUUAUGCCUCGUACCCAUGGCAGUAGCUUCAUCCACGCGAAGAGGGGGCACUUACCCUUGUUUACCAGACACCAGCCAUUUGUGCUUGGAACAAUGGCAAUUCUUGCAUACUUUGAGCCCAAAAUUGACACAAGGAAGAGGAACUUGUUUGGAUACAUCCUUUUCUGCAUAAGCACAUUCAGACUUUUAGUGAUAGAGUUAGCCACAUCGGGAAAAGGAGGGAUCGGAAAUUACAUCAGCAUUUGUGCUUUUGUUGCCUCUUUUGGAGUAGCGAAUGCAUUGAUUCAGGGUGGGCUAAUCGGCGAUCUUGCUUUUAUGUGCCUUGAAUUCUUUCGUUUUUUUGCCGGUUUGGCUGCAUCGGGAGCUUUAACUUCUGGCUUGAGGCUAAUCACUAAGGCAGCUUUUGAUAAAACAGAAAAUGAUCUUCGUAAGGGAGUAAUCAUGUUUCUUGCCAUCUCGACAUUUUUUGAAUUUAUAUGUAUUUUCCUCUACGCAUUUGUGUUCGGGAAUCUACCGAUUGUGAAGAACUUCCGAAAAAAAGCAGCCUUGGAAGGGUCCAAAACGGUCUCGGCUGAUCUUGCAGUCACGGGUAUCCACACCUCGGAUGGCAAAAUUGUAAAAAAUCAGCUUUUAAAACCCACAUAUCUUCGAUUGGUAGAUGAUCCUAAACAGGCACGAUUAGGCAACAAAGAGCUGCUACUUCAGAACAUUGAUUAUGCAUUGGACCUUUACUUGAUAUUUAUUUUCCCUGGGUUCUUAUACGAAAACACGGGAAACCACCAAUUGGGAUCUUGGUAUGCAGUGGUUCUCAUAGCAAUCACUAUACAUUCCCCUUAUCGAUUGCCUAAAUCUCAAAUCCAGAAAGGGCCUCAUGUUCACGUGCCUGUCUCGAUUCUUUCUCAUCCUGUGUUUUUACUUCACGGCAAAAUAUGGAGACCAAGGAUGAAUGAUAUUUUUGGCGUCUUUUAUGGGACUCACAAACGGAUAUUUAGCGGUCUAUGUGCUGACCGUGGCUCCCAAAGGGUACAAGCACCCGAGCAAAAUGCGUUGGGCAAUUUGUUAGUAGUUUACUACUUGCCGGGAUAUUUUCAGGCGUGGCGCUCGACUGGCUUUGGAUCAUUGGCAACGGUUCAUUCUAGGAUAAACACUAAAGAC